AUGCGUUUCUCCAUCGUCUUGACUACCCUCUCGGCCGUCGCCCUGGCCAGUGCCGAGGGCAGUGUCACCAUCCUGCCUGUUGAGAACCCUGCUACUCAGUACCUGACCCAGACCAACUCCCUUGGCGUCGUGACCGGCCAACCCGUUGCUGUCACCAGCCAGCCCACCGCUGUCACCAGCCAGGCCCCUGCCGUGACCUCGCAGCAGCCCGCCGCCUCCAUCCCCGCUGGCCUGAGCUCACCCGUCGCCGGCCCCGGCGCUUCUCACAGCACUUUGUCCACUGCCUCCAGCAAAUCUGGCAGCGGCUCUGCCACUAAGACCACCGACUCCAAGACCACUGGUACCUCCACCAGCUCCUCUGACUCAUCAGAGUCCUCCAGCUCCUCUGCUGCUGCUUCCAGCUCUGCCUCUACCGGUGGUGCUGCCAUUGCCACUGCUGGCCCCGUCGGUCUCGGCAUGAUGGCCGGUGCUGCUCUCGUUGCUUUCCUGUAA